CCGAACGGCGCCACGUAGGCUCGGCUGGGUGGGGCCCCGCUCCGGAGGGGCCGGCGGGGUCUGCAGGACCCAGAACUCGUAACAGCGGUUCUGCUCCUCAAGACACAGACAUGGCAGCCGAGAAGGACCAGCAGAAGGAUGCCGAGGCGGAAGGACUGAAUGCCGCGACUCUGCUGCCGAAACUGAUCCCCUCCGGCGUGGGCCGUGAGUGGCUGGAGCGGCACCGCGCCACCAUCCGGCCCUGGGGCACGUUCGUGGACCAGCGGUGCUUUUCGCGGCCCCGAAACGUGGGCGAGCUGUGCCAGCGCCUCGUGCGAAACGUGGAGUACUACCAAAGCAACUAUGUGUUCGUGUUCCUGGGCCUCAUCCUGUACUGCGUGGUGACAUCUCCCAUGCUGCUGGUGGCCCUGGCCGUCUUCUUUGGAGCCUGUUACAUCUUUUACCUGCGCACAUUGCAGUCCAAGUUUGUGCUCUUCGGCCGAGAGGUGAGCCCCGUCCAUCAGUACGCCAUGGCUGGGGCAGUCUCCUUUCCCUUCUUCUGGCUGGCUGGUGCAGGCUCAGCUGUCUUCUGGGUUCUGGGAGCCACCCUCGUGGUCAUUGGCUCCCAUGCGGCCUUCCACCAGAUUGAGGCCAUCGACGGGGAAGAGCUGCAGAUGGAGCCGGUGUGAGGAAUCUGCCGGCCUCCAGAGCCAGCGGCCCCACCCCUGUCCUGCACAGCUCUGCUGCAGCCGAAGGCCCCCUUCCCUCAUAAGUCCAGGGAACCAGCUUUGGAAAUAAAGCUGCUGUAGUUGUCGUUCAGCAUAUACCA